GAAUGGCCUCGAUCUUAUCUUUUCACAUGGCAUGCGUUCAAUCACGCCCUCCCGUUCCCAUGUCCCGCAGGAACUCCUUAAACUGCGACCCACCAUUCAAAAUCCAACUUACUCAGUCGGCGCAACAUACCCUUUCCCUCCCUAUAUAAUCGUCGUAAGAUCUGAUGGCAGCAGUACCGGAGAAGCAACAAUAAUGGACGGCGGCAAGAAGGGCUCGAAGAGUCAAGCGAAGGCGGCCGAUGAACGUAAGGAUCGGCGAUCGGCGACGGGGAUAAGCGGCGAGCCGAAGAAGGGUGGGUAUGGCGGCAAGUUCACCUGGUCCGGCGACAAGCGCUUCUCUGACGAGGUAAUGGUUAAGGGAGCGAUCGAUGCAAAGGAUCCGAACUUUGAGGAUUAGGAAGAGGAAGAAGGCGUCUCUUCUGUUUGAUUGAUGGAUCUAUGCUCAUUUCUGUAUGAAUAAUAAUAGUAUUGAUCCGUUGAUGUUUAUGGAAUGGGGAUAGAAUUUCACUAAUUUUAAUAUGGAUUUGUAAAUAUUCAUAAUUUCCGA